GGAUGGGAACGGCUCUGACACCGAACCGUGCGCUCACAUGGAGUUGAAGCACGUCAGCCUUGCCGAUAGCGCUGCAAUAGCUGUCGCUGCAUCCAAUCAUUCUCUGACAGAGUUGCACGCUUUGAUCCUUGAAGCGCUGAUUAUACACAAGGGAUCGGCGCACGUGGACCAGAUCUGCGACCACGUGUCUCUCACGUGGGGCUCCUUGCGCAAACGCGAUGGCACACCGUACGCCGUAGACUGCCGGAGGGCGGUCAACUCGUCGCUGCUCAAAAGCUGCAACGACGCACCUCUAUACAAAAGACAGCAUUUUCACAAUUGGGUGUUGACCACGCAUGCGAAAGCCGUCCUUGCGGAGAGCGAAGUCGAUCUGUCCGAUGUCAAGUUUGUGUCGCUCGGAAACGGACAAGAUCAAUUCAAAAUGCCCGACGAUGAACUGUCGCCGUACGAACCGCCGAGCCGUCCCGAAAGCGCUGCGGGGCAGAACACACCCGCAGACAACGUUGUGGCGUCUGACCGCAUACGUGACGAUACGUAUGAGUGGCCCAGGGUGGAGUCUGAGGUGGAGCACGACACGGAGAAUGACUUGGCGGCUGCUAUGGAUCUGACUGGUUUGCAAUUGAUACUGCUCCGAGUACUCGGAACGAUUGAAGAAGGGAAAGGCAUGCACAUCGAGGACAUACAUUACCGAGUGGGACCGCACUUUGUGAAUCUCAAGAAGAAGAAUGGAACCAUGUACUCGGCUGAAACAAAGAGGGCCACGAUAUCGAGUUUAACCAACAAUCCCAGCCCACCAUUCUUUGUCAAGAUCAACAAAGACCCCACAAAAUGGAUUCUAGCUCCCGCUGGGCUUGAGAAAUUGGCGUUAUAUAAAGUACAGGCCGUAAAAAUGCGGGCGAGAAAAAGGUCACAAAGCGACUCCAAUAACGAGGAACCAGACACCAAAUCAGACGUAGAGUCAGAGACUAGCAAAGUGGAUGCACCCACCAAGGUAAACACCAAGGCCACGGGUCAUACUGAGAACAAGGCAGACGCCAUCAGACGGAGCACCUCACCAACAAGCGACACACCCAGCAAGAGGCAACGCAAAACGUGAUCGCGAGCCUUUGCACACACUACUGAAGGGUAGCCUAGGCGUGACGUAGAUACUGUAGGAACGCAGCAAUGGCAUGCACAUCGCGUAUGUAUGCGGAUUUUAGCUUUGAUACAUACUAUAUGACGAAUUAUCAUAUCGGCAAGCGCAGUCGCGAGUCGAAAGUAUACAAGAUUCUAAGAGAUGGACUAUAGACAAUCCGCCAAAGAAACGCAAAUCGAUAUGAGUCAUAACAUAGCCUUCUAAAUGAACAGUUAUAACAGCUGUAUUACACAAUACCAUCGACUGGGCUGAUAGUAUGACUCGUGGCGGAUGCGAAGACUGAAAAUUACUGCUUGCUCACGCACCGCGAAGGCAGCAGUGGUGACAGACGUUCAAAGACAGCGAAUAAAAACCAAGUGCAAAGCAGCGAAUAAAAACCAAGUGCAAA